GCUUCUCCACUGGUCUACCUUUCCCAGAGAGCACCUGAGUUUCUUCUGAAGCCUCCAGCAUCUGUCCACCUGCCAGGGUCUCUCUGGAGCAGCCAUGAAGUCCCUCGUCCUGGUCUUUUGCCUUGCUCAGCUCUGGGGCUGCCACGCUGCCCCUCCUAACCUAGGUCUGAGUUAUAGAGCACUGGACUGUGAUGACCCAGAAUCAGAGCAAGCAGCCCUGGUGGCCAUGGACUACCUCAAUAAGAACCUUUUUCGGGGCUACAAGCACACCUUGAACCAGAUUGACAAAGUGAAGGUGUGGCCUCGGCGGCCCAUGGGAGAGGUGUUUGAGAUGGAAAUAGACACGCUGGAAACCACCUGCCACGCACUGGACCCCACCCCCGUGGCCAACUGCUCUGUGCGGUCAAUGGCGGAGCACGCUGUGGAAGGAGACUGUGAUUUCCAUGUGCUAAAACAGGACGGCCAGUUUACUGUGUUGUUCGCAAAAUGUGAUUCCAGUCCAGAUUCGGCGGAGGACUUGCGAAAGGUGUGCCCAGACUGCCCCCUGCUGGCCCCGGUUAAUAACACCAAGGUGGUGCGCGCUGUAGAGGCUGCUCUGACCGCUUUCAACACUCAAAGUAAUGGCUCCUAUUUCCAGCUUGUAGAAGUUUCCCGGGCUCAACUUGUGUAUCUUACACAUACGACCUAUGUGGAGUUUGCAAUAGCUGCCACUGACUGUGUUGCUAAAGAGGUCACAGACCCAGCCAAAUGUAACUUGCUGGCAGAAAAGCAAUAUGGCUUCUGUAAGGGGUCACUCACUGAGAAGGGGCCACUCAAUGGAAAUGAAAAAGUUGCAGUGACCUGUACAGUGUUCCCAAUACAGCCUCAACCAGACAACUCCCCUGUGGCUACACCUCCAGCUAAACUGCCCGAAGCUCCUGUGGUGUUGGGACCCCUGCUGCUGGCAGCUCCACCGCUACCCGUGCCGGUGCACCGGGCACACUAUGACCUUCGCCACACCUUCUCGGGUGGAGCCUCAGUGGAGUCUGCCUCAGGAGAAGUCGGGAAAGCACCCAACGUGGCACAGCCUAGCGUGGCUGUAGCUGCCGGUCCAGUGGUCCACCUUUGCCCCGGGAGAAUCAGACACUUCAAGAUCUAGAUGAAGGUCAGGGAUGAGAAGGAUUGGCAGAGAGAACAUCGCCAUCAUUUUGUCUAAGUCUGAGUAGGGGUAGGGGCCUUGUCUGCUAAAAGGCAAGUGCUACAUGUGGUCUAGAUUAAUAUCAAGUCUUGAAUCCCAACUUCUCUUCCUUCUUCAGAAAACAGAAGCAAAGGGGAUGAUGGUUAUGUUUGAGGAAAGGCAUAAAGCUGGCAACUUGUCAUUGUUCUGAUAAUAAGCCACCACCAUUAUGUUCUCUGCCUUCUUUGACCUCAGAAAAACAACUGUAACUGUGACUUUGAGAGGUGCUCUUGCCAAACUUAUAUUUGCUUGUUAAUGAAAGUGUCUGAAGGAUCUUCCUGAAUAAAGAAGGUUCUAAGCAGAAA